ACACAAAAAAGCCCCAAAAAAAACAAAGACCGAAGAUUAAUAUUAAUCAAAGCAAAAAGUGUGAAAAAUGGCUGAGGUAGUGAAGGUGUUUGGCGUUCAAAGAAGCCCUUUUAGUGGCAGAGUAGAGAUUGCUCUGAAACUCAAAGGUGUAGAUUAUGAAUUCUUUGAAGAAGAUCUUUCAAACAAAAGUCCUUUGCUUCUCAAAUAUAACCCUGUUCAUAAAAAAGUCCCUGCUUUCUUACAUAAUGGAAAUGCAAUAGCAGAGUCUCAAGUCAUUCUUGAAUACAUCGAUGAGACCUGGAAUAACUCUCCAUUAAUCUUGCCUAAAGAUCCUUAUGAUAGAGCUCAGGCACGGUUUUGGGCUAGAUUCAUCGAUGAGAAGUGCUUCCCUACACUACGAAAAGUCUUCUGGGGGCGUGAGGAACCUGACAAGGUAAAGGAAGAAUUAAAAGAGCUUCUAAAAACACUGGAAAAUGAGCUAAAAGACAACAAGUUUUUUGGGGGAGAGACCAUUGGAUUUGUGGAUAUUGUUGGCAACAUCAUUGCCUAUUGGGUACCAUGUAUGCUAGAAGCUGCAGGGGUGGAGCUGUUGACUGAAGAGAAAUAUCCCAGGCUAUACCAAUGGAUUCAUGAAUUUGUGAACCAUGAUGUUGUCAAGGAAACACUGCCUCCAAGAGAUGAACUAAUUGCUUUUUACAGGGGUCAUCGUCAAAGCGUUUCCACUUCUUCCAGAUAAACUUUUCUUUACCACAAACCAUUUUGUCAUGGAGGUGACGGAAUAAUUAAAAGAAAAAUAAGUCUGAAUUGGGCAUCAAUAGGUGUGUGAUGUUUGUGUAAUGUUUAAUUCCAUGUUGUAAUUUUCAUAGUUUUACACUUUCAUUCAUGUUGGAAAAUAUAUAUAUUCAUCAUCAUUUCUCCAAGGGGAAAAGGAUGGUUAUAUUUA